AUCGAUGUUCCCUCCACGCCUCGAGAGCCGCCAUUUUGGGGGGAGGAAAACAGAAGUAGGGGUGGCAGGUCGUCCACAGGAUGUUGGCUGGCUUUUGCUUCUCUUGCCAACGCUGUGGGACCAGGGUGGAAGAAUCCACCGGGGCCACUCCUUCGGCUGUCUCUCCGGAAUGAGGCCUCAGCGCCCGCGCUGGACGGCCCCCUCAUUCAACCGAGAGAGCCCAAGGAGAGGCCGAAGCCGAGAAGAUGCCUGGCAAGCUCAAGGUGAAAAUCGUGGCCGGGCGCCAUUUGCCAGUGAUGGACCGAGCUAGUGACCUGACUGAUGCCUUCGUGGAGGUAAAAUUUGGAAAUACCACCUUUAAAACAGACGUGUAUCUCAAGUCUCUCAACCCUCAGUGGAACUCAGAAUGGUUUAAAUUUGAGGUGGACGAUGAAGAUUUACAGGAUGAGCCUCUACAGAUCACAGUUCUUGACCAUGACACUUACAGUGCAAAUGAUGCCAUUGGUAAAGUGUACAUUGAUAUUGAUCCCUUACUCUACAGUGAGGCUGCAACAGUCAUCUCAGGAUGGUUUCCAAUAUAUGAUACCAUACAUGGUAUCCGUGGGGAAAUCAAUGUAAUUGUCAAAGUAGACCUCUUCAAUGAUUUAAAUCGAUUUAGGCAAUCGUCGUGUGGAGUCAAAUUCUUUUGUACAACAUCUAUUCCAAAGUGCUAUAGAGCUGUAAUAAUUCAUGGUUUUGUAGAAGAGCUUGUGGUCAAUGAAGACCCAGAAUAUCAAUGGAUUGAUCGAAUUCGUACACCAAGGGCAUCAAAUGAGGCCAGACAGAGACUCAUUUCUUUAAUGUCAGGUGAACUGCAGAGGAAGAUCGGCUUGAAAGUGCUUGAAAUGAGAGGAAAUGCAGUUGUUGGGUACUUACAGUGUUUUGAUCUGGAAGGUGAAUCUGGGUUAGUGGUACGAGCCAUAGGAACAGCGUGUACACUGGAUAAACUAAGUAGCCCAGCAGCAUUCCUUCCUGCAUGUAAUUCCCCAUCUAAAGAAAUGAAGGAGUCUCCGCUGGUUCAUCCUCCAAGCCAUGGAUGCCGCUCGACUCACAACAGCCCAAUUCACACUGCUACUGGCUCACGACUUACUCAGAACUUCUCUGUGUCUGUUCCCACUCUCAUCUAUACUGGAAUGGGAAGUGGUAGUGCUGGAAAAGAAGGGGGGCCGUUUAAAGCUCUUUUAAGACAACAGACUCAGUCAGCACUGGAACAAAGGGGAGGAUCGCCUCAUAGGUUCUGUAGAAGGCGGGAAUUUCCAUUUUUUACCUUGACGGCAUUUCCUCCUGGAUUUCUCAUGCAUGUUGGGGGUGUUGUUAGUGCACGCUCUGUGAAGCUUUUGGAUCGUAUCCACAAUCCUGAUGAACCAGAAACUCGAGAUGCGUGGUGGGCAGAAAUCAGACAAGAAAUAAAAUCACAUGCUAAAGCAUUAGGCUGUCAUGCUGUAGUGGGCUACAGUGAAUCAACUAGCAUCUGUGAAGAGGUCUGUAUUUUAUCUGCAUCCGGCACGGCAGCUGUACUCAACCCUAGAUUUCUGCAGGAUGGCACCGUGGAGGGCUGUUUGGAACAGAGGCUAGAAGAAAAUUUGCCUGCUGGCUGUGGCUUUUGCCACAUACCAUAUGAUGAACUGAAUAUGCCAUUCCCAGCUCAUCUCACGUACUGCUAUAACUGCAGGAAACAAAAAGUUCCUGAUGUUCUCUUUACAACUAUAGACCUCCCAAUAGAUGCAACCGUUAUUGGAAAAGGUUGUCUUAUUCAAGCAAGGUUAUGUCGCUUGAAAAAGAAAGCACAGGCAGAAGCAAAUGCCACAGCUAUCAGUAAUCUGUUGCCAUUUAUGGAAUAUGAAGUACAUACUCAGCUAAUGAAUAAACUAAAACUCAAAGGAAUGAAUGCUUUAUUUGGACUGAGAAUUCAGAUCACAGUGGGUGAAAAUAUGUUGAUGGGCUUAGCGUCGGCCACAGGUGUAUAUUUAGCAGCUUUACCAACGCCUGGUGGCAUUCAGAUUGCUGGGAAGACUCCUAAUGAUGGCUCCUACGAACAGCAUAUAUCGCAUAUGCAAAAGAAGAUAAAUGACACAAUUGCCAAGAAUAAAGAAUUAUAUGAAAUCAAUCCUCCGGAUAUAUCUGAAGAGAUUAUAGGAUCACCCAUCCCAGAACCUAGACAGCGCUCAAGACUUUUAAGAUCUCAGUCAGAAAGCUCUGAUGAAGUUACAGAAUUGGACCUUUCACAUGGGAAAAAAGAUGCUUUUGUGUUGGAGAUUGAUGACACAGAUGCUAUGGAAGAUGUACAUUCUCUGCUUACUGAUGUUCCUCCUCCUUCAGGCUUUUAUAGUUGUAAUACAGAGAUUAUGCCUGGUAUAAAUAACUGGACAUCUGAAAUACAGAUGUUCACAUCAGUAAGAGUAAUCCGAUUAAGCAGCCUUAACCUGACUAAUCAAGCCCUUAAUAAGAACUUUAAUGAUCUCUGUGAAAAUUUGCUGAAGAGCCUGUAUUUUAAACUGCGGUCUAUGAUCCCCUGCUGCCUUUGCCACGUAAAUUUUACAGUAUCUCUGCCUGAAGAUGAAUUAAUACAGGUAACAGUCACAGCAGUUGCAAUAACUUUUGACAAAAAUCAGGCUUUACAGACCACAAAAACACAUGUUGAAAAGUCAUUGCAAAGAGUCUCUACAGAUAAUGAAGAACUUCUACAGUUUCCGCUGGAGCUCUGUUCAGAUUCACUUCCUUCUCAUCCUUUUCCACCAGCUAAAGAACACCUGGAGAGUGCAAGUUCUAACUCAGGUAUACCAGCUGCACAGAGAGCAACGUCAGUUGAUUACAGUUCCUUUGCAGACAGAUGCAGCAGCUGGAUAGAGCUCAUUAAACUGAAAGCUCAGACCAUAAGGCGCGGAUCAAUUAAGACAACUGUGACAGUUGAAAAAGCAAGUCCUAUGGGUGAAGGAAAUUUCCGGAACCGUUCAACUCCACCUUGUGCAAAUUCUACAGUUGGGGUUGUUAAGAUGACACCUCUUUCUUUUAUUCCUGGAGCGAAAAUAACUAAAUAUCUUGGAAUAAUUAACAUGUUUUUUAUUCGGGAAACCACUUCUCUUCGUGAGGAAGGAGGAGUCAGUGGUUUUCUCCAUGCUUUUAUUGCUGAAGUGUUUGCAAUGGUGAGAGCUCAUGUUGCUGCGUUAGGAGGGAAUGCUGUUGUCUCCUACAUAAUGAAGCAGUGUGUCUUCAUGGAGAAUCCAAAUAAAAACCAGGCACAGUGUCUUAUAAACGUAAGUGGUGAUGCAGUGGUUUUUGUUCGUGAAUCCGAAUUAGAAGUGCUGUCAACUCAGCAGCCUACUGCCAACUGCCAGCCAUCAUGUCCUGGAGGAGAAGUUACAACCUGAAGUAAAUCAGAAAGGAAGAGCUCAACUAAAUGAAAUUCAUCUGUCUCCAUUGUUUUGUCCUUAUUUAUCUUACUGGAUUUUUAAAAGUGAAUUUAAUUUGAGAUCAUUAAGAAAGAAAUGGUACAUUAUGAGUAGAUUUGAUUUGUCUGGAAUUUCUUGGAGGCAUGAGAAUAUUAAAAUCUUGAUGUUUUGUUUGCCAGUCCUUGUCAGGCCCCAUGGGAUCUUGAGUCCUCAUUAAGUUUGGAUAGAUUUCUCAGAGAACUGUAGCAGAGAUGGAAGUUACUUGUAGUUUAUGUUGACUUUAAUAAAAUCAUACUUUGAAACAAAAUGGUGAGAUUAUCAAGAAAUUGUAAUAGCUAUCCUAAUGUAAUUGAGAGAAACUAAGCAAGAAGUUUACAAAUUGUCAAUGAAUUAAAAAUCUGAUUCGAGGAAUGUGUGAGAAAAUGGAGAAAAGUUUUAAAAACACUAUGUGGGUUUCCUAAUGUGUUUUAUUUUGAGAACAACUGAAUUUGGAAUUUGGUAACAACUGAAAGGAAGAGUGCUUCAGCCAUCUUUUAAAAACAAGUUAAAAUUCUGCAGCUUGUAUCCAUACUCUGUCCUAACUGCUGUAAAAAAAAAAAAAAAAAAAAAAAAAAAAAAAGGUAAUUAGAGCCAGUGCCCUUCCAUUGAAAGUUUUAAUAAUGUCUGUAAGGAGGGAGGAAAAAUCUAUGUAAUCUUGUUACUGGCCAAAUUUUGUUAGUGUUUAAUUUGUCUGGAAGAGGCUUGGCUUCAACUGGAAAGAAAUUUUGUUGAUGUAGUGAAAGUAUGAUCUAGUAGGAGCAUAAAAUUAUUUCUAAUAGAAUCAUACUGCACUCCUACCAAAUAAACAGAAUUAUAUCUUAGGGAUUUUUGAUGGUUAGUUAGAUUGUAUUUGGCAUAGAAUUUGGAAAUGUAACUUGAAUGUAAAUAUGCUGCAAAGUGUUGAAUGUAUACAUAGAAAUACUUUUUCUGUCAAUGCCAAAUACCUAUUACAAAUGAACCUUAAAAAGUACAUUCCUCCUUUGCACAAUAAAAUUUCUUUAUAAAACUUAUGAUUUUGCUCUUUCAGGAUAACAAACCACCGUAAAGAUUAGGAGUCAUUUCCUUGUUAUCACAGGUGUCAAUAUUUUUCUGUAUUUUGUUUAUAAUUUUAUUUUUUAAAUAAAAAGUUUAUAAACUGGAA